AUGUUUAAAUGUUCAAAUUACUGUACACAAAAAACCGGAACUCAAGUUCCUAGGAAGAUCAAUCCACACUCGAAUAUUUCAGAAAUUCAAACGCCUACUAUUACAUAA